UGUAUCGGUUCCUGUGUCAGUUCAUAAUUAUUUUAUUCUGUGAGUACAUUAUUUUUUAUAUAAUACCUAAUAUGAAUAAUUUGCUGGUAUCCUGGGGGUUGGACUCCUUGAAACAAAUCUUUGCAGAUUCUAAAGUAGCAUUGCAAAUCGCAUCCCUGCCGCGUAUCUUCCCACCAAAAGGUCGCUCGAGAUUGGGAAAAGAACACUGGAAGUAUACCACGAAUGAAUCUGUGGAAGGAAUAAUUAUCCAUGCUACAGCACCAGGAGAUAUAGAAACUAAAAUACAAACUCAAAUUGAUAAAGCUGCUAGAAGAAAAGUACAUAGGGAAGUGCAACACUAUUUAAUAGUUGAAGGCCCACAAUUGACCGACAUCAGGAAUACGUAUGUUGUAAUUGAUAAAAUUCAUUAAUCUGUUUGGAAUUUUGAGAAUUUGAUGGAAUUGUUGAUUUGAUUUAAGAAUAAUACAUUCUAAAUUUUAUAAUAAAUAUUUAAUUAAUAA